AUGAAUAACUUCCAACUCUUUGAUAACAGACUCAUUCUUUAACAACAACUUCUCCUCUAAUAAAUGUUUAUUUACAAUCAAAUGCUUGUUUAAAAGUAAUAUAUUGCCUCUAACCUUUACUCUAGAACUAAAAUGCAAUAAUAACAAUUUAUAUAAAAAACAACUGAUGAAAAUGAAUCCUCUUCUCCAUCAAUUUCAAAAUUAGAAGAAACAUUUUAAGUUAAACCUAUACCAUUAAAAUCAACUAAAAAAUUAGAAAAAUUAACUCAACAAAAGAAACCUAAGAGAUAAGAUGAUAAUAAGGUUGAGAAUAAAGAACCUUCUUAAAAGAAAAAAAUAUUUUUAUCUAUGCUUGAUAUUAAAGAAACUCAAUAUAAAAAGUAUUUCAAUCAUUUAUCAAUUUAGAUUUAAAAUUAUUGAGAUAGAUCAAGAAAAGAAGGCAAUAAUUUCUUCUCAAGCCGAACAAUGA